UCUGUGUAAAUCAAUUACAUUGUGAGAAGUGAGAAGACAAUGGCAGUGCUUGUUGGGUCAUUACUUGGAUUGCUUGUCAUGUUAUCAGGUUGCUUUUUGGAUGUAAAAGCAGCGCCUGCAUACUUCGUGUUUGGAGAUUCACUGGUGGACAGUGGCAACAACAAUUACAUAGCCACUACUGCAAGAGCCAACAGCUAUCCUUAUGGAAUAGAUUAUCCCACUGGAAGACCCACCGGCCGAUUCUCAAAUGGACUCAAUAUAGCGGAUUUUAUAAGCAUGAAGCUGGGGGCAGAAUCUGUUCUACCGUACUUGAGUCCUGCGCUUAAUGGGGACGCAUUCCUCAGGGGUGCUAAUUUUGCUUCUGCAGGCGUUGGGAUCCUAAACGACACGGGAGUGCAAUUCGCUAAUAUUAUCAGAAUGCCACGACAGUUGCAGAAUUUUGUUCAAUAUAAAAACAGGGUGGCGCAGAUCCUUGGAGUUAAUGAAACUGAGAGACUUGUUGCACAGGGUCUUAUAUCGAUUACUCUUGGAGGAAAUGAUUACGUCAAUAACUACUACCUCACUCCUGUCUCACUCAGAUCCAUUCAGUAUAGGUUACCAGAUUACACUCGGUUGAUAAUCUCAGAAUAUGAGAAAAUUCUCAGGCAAUUGUACAACUUGGGAGGCAGAAGGGUGCUGGUAACAUCAACAGGGCCAUUAGGGUGUGCUCCUGGAGUGAAGGCCACCAGAUCUCGCAAUGGUGAAUGCGCUGCAGAACUUCAGCGGGCUGCUUCGCUUUUUAAUUCACAGGUUAGAUCUGUUGUAAAUCGACUCAACACUGAGGCUUCUGCUCAGGUUUUCACCUUCGCAGAUAAAUACUCUAUGAAUAUGGGCUUGUUCAACAAUCCUGCAGCAUACGGAUUUGUGGAUACAACUAAUGCAUGUUGCGGACAAGGAAGAUACAAUGGAGUCGGCCUCUGCACUGCGGCUUCAAAUCUGUGUAGAAACAGAGAUUCAUAUUUAUUCUGGGACAAUUACCACCCCUCUGAGAAGGCCAACAGAAUUAUUGUCGACGAGUUUUUUGAGGGCUCUUCUUCCGUAAUGAGCCCUCUUAACCUUAGACAGAUGAUGAAACUGGAUAACUGAUUCGUUGCAAGAUAGGGCAGAUCAAUAAUAAAUGGAUUACUUCCCUUUUGGUUUCAAUUCUAAUGAAUUGUGCUCAAAGACUUUUGUCCGAGCCAUUAUUUAUAAGUCAUGACUUUCAUGAUGAAUGGGCAAUGCUCAAUCUAUAUAGGUCUGAUGAAAAAAGUCAUAUAUUCAUUUUUCUGUACCAUCCAAAGUUUAAUAUGUAUUUUCUUUCUUAUCCAUUCA